AGUUUCCUCUGCUUCCGUUCAUUUUGAACUUGAAAUUUCAAAUUCUUGGUCCGAAAUCGCAACUUCAGGGCUGCGAUGAACGUGGUUUGAGCCAAACGGCACAGUAUCCGAGCGGGGUUUCAGUGCAGUUGUCGCAAAUUCGUUGACAACCGUCUUGUAUGAUUCGCCCUUUUUCUGAGCCUGAGUGUUGGUCCUUCGGGUGUGUCGGGAUCGGGCCUUCCCGGAGUGUUGAGGGAAAGCUGGAUUGGGGUUCGAUAUUCUGCGAUUGUAGGGGUCCGGAAGUGUAGGAGCCUCAUUGGUGCUCCAUGUGCGAGGUAUUUGUUAGGGAUCAUUGCUCGCGUUGUCCAGUUCGUGUUGAAGCAGGGGUAGUUGUUGGCCAUGGGUCGGGAAGUCGAGAUUGCGGGGCAUAAUCCGUCGCCCGGGGGACGAGGGAAACCCCGGCUGUUCAUUAAGAAAAUGGUUUUGGAGAAUUUUAAGUCGUAUGCUGGGAAGCAGUAUAUUGGGCCUUUUCAUAAGUGUUUCUCAGCUGUGGUUGGGCCAAAUGGUAGCGGGAAGAGCAACGUGAUUGAUGCCAUGCUCUUUGUUUUCGGCAAGCGAGCCAAACAGAUGAGGCUAAACAAGGUGUCAGAGCUCAUUCACAACUCCACAAACCAUCAGAAUCUUGAUAAGGCUUCCGUGUCAGUUCACUUUCAGGAAAUUAUUGAUCUGGAGAAUGACAAUUACGAGGUCGUGCCGGACUCAGACUUUGUGCUCACAAGAGUUGCAUUUCGUGAUAACUCAUCCAAGUACUACCUAGAUAGUCGGAUGAGCACGUUCACUGAAGUCACUCAGAUCUUGAUGGCCAAAGGAGUCGACCUUGAGCAUAACCGUUUCCUUAUCUUACAGGGUGAGGUGGAACAAAUCUCUUUGAUGAAACCCAAGGCACAAACUCCACAUGAUGAAGGUUUCCUUGAGUACCUUGAGGACAUCAUUGGCUCCAACAAAUAUGUGGAGCGGAUUGACGCAUCUAGCAAGCAGUUGGAAGAGUUAACGGAGAAAAAAGACAGCAUGGUACAGCGAGUAAAAGUUGCGGAAAAAGAAAAAGGCGGUCUUGAGGGUGCCAAAAACGAAGCGGAACAGUAUAUGUUGAAGGAAGCAGAAUUAAUAAAGUGGAAGAGACAUGCUGCGGGGCUCACACUUAAGGAAGCUGAUGCGGAAGCUGAGGAACUGAAAAAGAAAGUAACCGAACUGGAAAAUGCUCUGAAACAAGAACGUGAAACAUAUGCUUCGCAUUCCGCUGAGAUUAAGGAGUUGGAGAUGAAGUUAAAGAAACAGACGAAACAUCAUGAGGGAAUUGAGGGAGAUCUGAAAAGCUGUUCGGAUCAAUUUAAAAGCUUUGAGCGUCAAGAUCUCAAGUACCAAGAGGAUCUCAAGCACGUCAAACAGAAGCUAAAGAAGUUGGAAGACAAAAUUGUCAAGGAUACUGCUAAGAUUGAAGAAGUAGAGAAGGAGACUGCAGAGUCUACUGUGCUGAUUCCCAAGAUGGAGGCUGAAGUUGCCCGACUCACUGAACAGCUUGGAGAGGAAGAGAAAACUCUUGAAGCAUUGCAGGAAGGUUGCAAAGGUGAGAUAGAAAUGUAUCAUAAGCUACUCAACACUGCUCGGCUGGAGCUUGAACCUUGGGAGAAGCACAUUAUUGAAUGCGAAAGCAAGAUUGGUGUCACCAGCGCGGCUAGCAAACUCCUAAAAGACAAACACGAGGCAGGGAGGAAAGCAUAUGACGCCGCUGUGGAAAAAAUUCAAGAAACUAAACUUGAAAUCAACAAGAAAGAGGAUGAUCUAGUUCGUCUUAUGACCGAGCUUGCCCGCUUUCAAACAAGCUUAAACACCGCCAAAGAGGAAGAACAGGUAGCCAGCAAGGCUGAGGAGUCGUUACAAGCACAGGAGCAAGCACUCCAACAGAAAGUGGGGGAGAUGCGUGCAGUAGUAGACACAGAAAAGAACCAGGGUUCAGUUGUGAAGGCCAUUCUUCAAGCCAGAGAGUCAGGUCAAAUACAAGGAAUACACGGUCGACUUGGAGAUUUAGGCGCAAUCGACGCAAAGUAUGACGUCGCAAUUUCCACCGCUUGUGGAGGAUUGGAUUUUAUAGUCGUUGAGACUACGAACUCGGCUCAAGCUUGUGUGGAGCUGUUGAGAACCAAGCAGCUGGGUGUUGCCACCUUUCUCAUUCUUGACAAACAAAGUGGUCUCAUUCAAAGGAUGAAUCAAGAAGUUGUUACUCCAGAGAAUGUUCCUCGCUUGUUUGAUUUGGUCACUGUCCGAGAUGAACGCCUGCGUCUUGCCUUCUACUCGCAGCUUGGCAAUACUGUGGUCGCCAAAAAUCUCGAUCAGGCUACAAGAAUAGCUUAUGGCCCAGCUGUCGAAUUUCGAAGAGUGGUUUCUCUCGAUGGAGCAGUUUUCGAAAAAUCUGGAACAAUGAGUGGAGGUGGUGGCAAGCCCAGGGGCGGUCGGAUGGGAACUGCUAUAAAGGAUUCUACUGUGUCUCGUGAAAGUAUGGCAAGUGCCGAGAAAGAUCUUGAGGAUGUAAGGGCAGAGCUAUCGGCUACCCGCCAACGAGUUUCUGAGGCUGCACAACAACAUCAGUCAGCUCUGAAGUCUGUGUCUCAGCUCGAAUUGGAUAUUGCUAAGAUCAAAAUGGAGCUGGAAGCCCUGAAAGGUCAACAGAGUGAUAUAAGCAAGCAACUCGAGGCUUUGAAGACUGAUGCAGUGCCUAACAAGGAAGAGCUCGACGAGAUCCAGACCCUUGAUGAGGAGGUAGCUCAAGGAGAAUCACUUCUUGCUGACCUGAAUAAGAAGUCGAGUAAACUAAGAGCCAAGUCUCAAGACCUACAAAACAAAAUGGAAAAUGCUGGAGGAGAUGAGUUGAAGCAAAAGAAAGCAUUGGUCGGAAAACUUCAGACGGAUAUCAACAAAACAAGUACUGAAAUCAACAAGAGGCAGGUCCUAAUAUCGACUAGUAGUAAAACCAUUGAGAAGCUCAGAAAAUCAAUCGAAGAUAGCAUCAAGGACAAAGAAAAGUUUAUCCAAGAUAAGGAGGCUAUACAAGGCGAAUUCAAGAACGUUGAAGCUAAGGCUUUUGUGAUUCAAGAGAAGUUUACCCAACUGCAAGAGGCUCUUUCCAAAGACACCGUGGAACUAGAAGUGAUUAAGAAGAAGUAUAUGGAGCGCCAAAAGGUCAUCAAUGAAUUGCGGGCAGUGGAGUUAGAUGCUGAGUUCAAGCUCAAGGACAUCAAAGAAACAGCUCGAUUGUGGGAAGGAAAGGCUGAGGCUCUCAAAAGGGAAUACAAGGAGUUAAGCAAAAAGUUGCAGGAUCAAAUUGAACAAGUACAAAAAGAAGGCAUUGACCUGGCGCUUUUAGAAGUGUCUAUCAAAGAGCCUUCUUCAGAGAUCAGCCUAGCACGUGCUAAGGAAAGCGUCAAAGUACUUGAAGGAGAAAUCAAGAACAUGCAGCCAAGUUUGGAUUCGAUUGCAGAGUACCGUCGAAAGGCCGCCAUGUAUGAUGAAAGAAUACGUGAGCUCAACCAGGUUUCCGAAGCUGCAGCUGAGAUAAAAAAGAGUCACGACGACUUACGAAAGAGAAGGUUAGACGAAUUCAUGGGAGGUUUCAAUUCCAUCUCGAUGAAACUGAAGGAGAUGUAUCAGAUGAUAACUCUAGGAGGUGACGCAGAGCUUGAGCUCGUGGACUCCUUAGAUCCAUUUGCAGAGGGUGUUGUGUUCACUGUCAGGCCGCCGAAGAAAAGCUGGAAAGCCAUAGCCAAUUUGUCCGGAGGCGAAAAGACCUUAAGCUCGUUAGCCCUUGUGUUCGCCCUUCAUCAUUACAAGCCAACUCCUCUUUAUGUUAUGGAUGAGAUCGACGCAGCUCUGGAUUUCAAAAAUGUGUCAAUCGUAGGACAUUAUAUUAAGGAGCGAACGAAAGAUGCCCAAUUUGUUAUAAUCAGCUUGCGAAACAACAUGUUCGAGCUAGCGGAUUACCUGAUAGGUAUCUACAAGACUGACAACUGCACUAAGAGCAUUACGAUCAACCCUCACAGUUUCUUGGUCCCAGUGACCUCUGAUGAAAAACGAGAGACCCAAUCACCCGAAAAUUCAGCUGGAGAAGUAAUGAGCCCCUGCUAGACCUUCCCCAAUCAUAGCGGGAAAACGUGUACGUUAGCGCAUGUUUGUCCUUCUGACUAGGAUCGUGUGUCACACCUUCGAUUGCAAGGUUGGUCUUUGUAUGGAGUUAAGAGUUAAAAUAGUUAAGACCAACCUAGCUAUGAGUGGUUGGAGUGAAAUAGUUCAGCGUUGCGCUAGGGAAUACUAAUGUUUAGGAUCUCCGUCUAUGUCUUGUAGACAUUCUAAAUGUAAUUUAGCAGUAUAUUGGAAUGACAGCAUCCUCUGGACAUGAGAAAGUACUAAUGUUUUCUAAACACUAGAUGUAAAUGGGAAUAUGUUCUUGUCUUAAGCAACCUAGUUCAUUGA